GCAAACAGAAAGACGGGGAACCUCAUACCACUAAGAAAGCAGUGCUGGGAGCAGAGCACAUCCUUUGGACCCAGGGUCCUUGCGAGGAGAAGCUCCUAGUCCAGGGGAAGAUUGAUGAGAAGGCUGACAGAGAAAGAAAGCCUUCCCCUGGAGCUGACGCCCUGAGUUUGGACUUGUAGCCUGCUAGACUGUGGGAAAACAAACUGUUGGCUAGAGCCAUCUGCUUGUGGUAUUUCUGUUACAGCAGCACUAGAUGACUAAGACAGGCUGCUUUAGGGGUGAUGAGAGUGUUUUGGAAUUAGAUAGAAAUGUUGGUUGCACAAUACUGUGAAUGCCCUAGAUGCCGCAGAUGGCUCACGUCAAAUGGCUAAUUUUAUGUUCUGUAAACUUCCUCUUGUCAGGUGUCGUUCAGUCAGUUCCCACUCAUCGUGACCCUGUGUGUGACAGAUCUAAAUGCCACCUGGCUCUGCGCCAUCCUCACAAUCGUUGUUGUGCCCGAGCCCGCUAUCGCAGCUAUUGCGUCAGCCCGUCUGGUUGAGGGUCUUCCUCUUUUUUGCUGACCCUUUGCUUUACCAAGCAUGAUGUCCUUCUCAAGGACUGCUGCCUCCUGAUAGCAUGUUCAAAGUAUGUGAGGUGAAGUCUCUCCAUCCCUGCUUCUAAGGGGGCUUCUGGCUCCGGUUCUUCCAAGACAGAUUCGUUCAUUCUUCUGGCAGUCUGUGGUAAUUUCAAUAUUCUUGGCCAACACCAAAAUUCAAAGGCAUCGAUUCCUCUUUGGUCAUCCACAUCACUGUCCAGCUUUCGCAUGCACAUGAGGCAAUUGAGGUUACCAUGGCUUGGGUCAGGGGCAUCUUAGUCCUUUAAAGAAAAAAAAAUACAAAAGUGUAAAAGCAUUUGUCCUAGCAGUGUUUAUAAGAGCAAAAGCCUCAAACUCUCGUAAAUAUUCACACAUAGGAGUCGGUUACCAACAAUACAGCGGCAGUAAAUGGAUGAGCGCGAUGGACUUGAGGUGGUGUCAGACUGGCUUCGUGAUUUCUCAGUUGGAUAGAGAAUAGUCAGGGAUGAUCAAGAGUUCCUAACCUGAGCAAUAGGGUGGAUGAGUAAGCCAUUCACUAAGAUAGAGAAGGAAGAAGGAAAAACUGGGGAGAGAGAGUUUAGCAUAAGGUGUUUGUGGGAUUAUCUGGGAGGAGAUAUCCAGCUUAUAUCAUCCAUUCUGGUGCUCAUGUGGAAAAAAUGAACUGGGUUAGGAGUAAGGGUAAGAAGGGGGGUGAUGGUCAGGAGAGGGGAACAAGAAGGAGAAUGACUAAAAAGGGGGUAAAAUGGUGAAUAUUAAGAAUUCUAAAGUAAAGGAGUCAGCCAGGCCUGUGUGCUUUACAAACAAGAAUCCCGAGACAUGAAAAAUUAUGUAAUUGAUGUGGCUAAAGCUGCAAGCUUUUAGGUUGGUUGAGGUAGAAUUUGAACUCAUGUCCAUCUUGUUGCGAGGCCAAUACUCAUUAAACUAAAAUUCGUAAUACAUGAUUAAUAAGAAGACAUCCAGGGUACUUUUAGCUAAUUCGAAGCAAGCCAAUGUAACAAAAUUCCAUGGAAAUUCAGAAAUGCCAAACACCUAGGUUUGACAAGUCCCUAUAACACCUUCCCAUCUACUAAAUGGGAUACUAGUAAUACACAUUACUAAUGUGCAUAUUAAUGUAUAGGCUGGCUUCCACAUAAGCAUAACCUCAUUAAACCCUCAUCAAGUCUUCCAGUGUAAGUGACUUCUAUCCCCAUCUCACAGAUGAGAAAACGAAGGCUCAAGAGUGGCUUGGCCAAGUUUACGGAGCAGUUGAGUAAGAGAGCCCACACAGAAACUCACACCUGAGGGCUCUUCAGAAUGCUUCUUAGUGUGCCACCUUGUCUCCAUUUGGGGAUAACCCCACCUACCUGCCAGCCUCAGAAGGUUGGUAUGAGUUACGCACGGAGAAUUCAUGGGGCCCAGUAAUCUGCCUUCUUAAAUGACAGCCUAAUGAUUCCGAUGUGUGUGGUCUGUGAACCACGCUUUGAGAAGCAAUGUCUUGUGCAGAAUAAUGAACCGUGGCAGCUCAAGUAAGUGUAAUGGUAAAUACUACUGUUGAUUGCUGUGAGGCUUUUCUUGGAAGAGACAGGGUAAUUUUCAUUUAUAAAAGCCCAGAUGGACAUCUUUUAUGUGUUUUUUGCUGCCUUCCUGCGUGUCGAUGGACUAAGUUUCCUCCGCUGUGAUGUCAGCCUUGGCCAGCCUGCCCCAAGCACCGACGGCUUUUCUAAGAGCCACGGCUGUUACAGGCGUCUUCCUCUCCUUUCCUAGGCAUCAGCAGUAAGCGGCUUGGCAUCUGUGGCUGGAUCCUCUUUCUCCUGUCUUUCCUGUUGAUGAUCAUAACCUUCCCCGUCUCCAUAUGGAUGUGCUUGAAGAUCAUUAAGGAGUAUGAACGUGCUGUUGUAUUCCGACUGGGACGCAUCCAAGCUGACAAAGCCAAAGGGCCAGGUUUGAUCCUGGUCCUGCCCUGCAUAGAUGUGUUUGUCAAGGUUGAUCUCCGAACUAUUACCUGCAACAUUCCUCCGCAAGAGAUCCUCACCAGAGACUCCGUGACAACUCAGGUGGAUGGAGUUGUCUAUUACAGAAUCCACAGUGCUGUCUCCGCAGUGGCUAAUGUCAAUGACGUCCACCAAGCCACGUUUCUGCUGGCUCAGACCACGCUGAGAAAUGUCUUAGGGACACAGACAUUGUCCCAGAUCUUAGCUGGCAGAGAAGAGAUCGCCCAUAGCAUCCAGACCUUACUUGAUGACGCCACAGAGCUUUGGGGUAUCCGCGUGGCCCGAGUGGAAAUCAAGGAUGUCCGGAUUCCAGUGCAGCUGCAGAGAUCCAUGGCAGCUGAAGCAGAGGCCACAAGAGAAGCCAGGGCCAGGGUCCUUGCAGCAGAAGGAGAAAUGAAUGCUUCCAAAUCUCUCAAGUCAGCCUCCAUGGUGCUGGCGGAGUCCCCCAUAGCUCUGCAGCUGAGGUACCUGCAGACCUUGACCACCGUGGCCACGGAGAAGAACUCCACUAUUGUGUUUCCUCUGCCCAUGAAUAUACUCGAGGGCAUUGGAGGUGUUAGUUAUGACAACCACAAGAAGGUUCCUAACAGAGACUGAGGUCCUCCUCAGUGGCCAGCCCACUGCUUACAGAGGAGCAUCUAUUUCUCCCCGAGCACCCAACAGUUAGAAGCGGUGGGAACAAUGCAAUUCCAGCUGAGUAGCUUCUCAGCUGGCAUAGUGUUAGCAGGCAAAUGCUAAAGAGGCUACAAGAACAAAACUAUGAAAAUGAGGGCUGUGCACAACUUUUAGUUGUAAAAGCGUAGACACCUUUGCAAUAUUCUUACACUCAAUAGUUGUCUCUGCCUUUUAGCAGGACAGUAUACAGUAGGGGAGAAGAGAAAGUCUGGGUGAUUCUGAGAAAGAUUUCAGAAUUACUUUUCAAUUGUUUUGAGAAGCACUUCAAAUAAUUUUGUAAAGUAACAUAGGUCCCAUAUUUCAACUAGAUAUUUGCUUUAUAAUUCUAAAUUAAUUAUUUCCUAAAUCACCUAUUACUACAAAAAAAUCCCCAUGAUGAUUUAAAUGGUGAUUGCUGUUGAUAUCAAAGAUAAACAGGUGACCAAUUCUUCCAGCUGCAAACUUAUCCCCGAACACACAGGACACAUUUCCCUCAGCUCACAAGCCCAGUCAGUUCUCUCGCUGCAUGUUCUCCUGGUGGGAGUGCCGGCCCAUCUCAGCCCCCCAGCACCUUUGUCAGACUGUCUGUCCUCCUGGUGGGAGUGCCGGCCCAUCUCAGCCCCCCAGCACCUUUGUCAGACUGUCUGUCCUCCUGGUGGGAGUGCCGGCCUAUCUCAGCCCCCCAGCACCUUUGUCAGGCUGUCUGUCCUCCUGGUGGGAGUGCCGGCCUAUCUCGGCCCCCCAGCACCUUUGUCAGGCUGUUUGUCCUCCUGGUGGGAGUGCCGGCCUAUCUCGGCCCCCCAGCACCUUUGUCAGACUGUCUGUCCUCCUGGUGGGAGUGCUGGCCUAUCUCGGCCCCCCAGCACCUUUGUCAGAGGUGCGAAAGUCACA